UCCUAUCCAAAACCAUAAACCCUGAAACGGAACAAGAACAUAGCUUGGCCGUUGAGGAGCACAAGGCAUGUGUACCCUCGAACCCGACGUCGUUGCUGUCCGCGGCUACGAGCUACGCCUCAUUCGUUGCACCCUCAGCCCUUCACAGCCGUUGGAUCUCCGCCACGAUGGUGAAUCCUUGGAUGGCCUCAUCAACGACCUCUUGAACUCCGUUGAGCGCGGCAGCUACGUCGAAGCACUCACCUCCGAACCCUCAUCCAGCGUCUUCCGAUUCCGCGACCACGACUCCCUCCCACUCGACGCCGCUGACCGGUUCUACUCCGAGUUGGUCCACCGCGCUGAGUCCUUCAUCACGGACGCCGCCUCCAACGCCGCCGAACAGCGUCGCAGGGCAAUGAUCGUUAUGUGCCUUGCGGUUGCUGCUUUUCUAGGGUUCACUCAAGCAAACUUCACCGGGCCUUUGAAAGGAACGGAGCUACCGAAAUGUCCUCUGUGUUUGGAUGGUAGUGAUGAAUGGGAACAUUGGGCGCGGAAUCAGCUUAUGUCUGCUGGUUCUGACUUGCUUGGGAAGUUCUCGAAUCUUCAGUAUAUAGUUUUUGCCAAGAUGUUGCUUAUGCGGAUGAAGGAUUUACGCGUUGAGAUUGGAAGCCUGUCGUGGUGGAUUGCGAGGGUUUUGCUGCUUCAACAGAAAGUUUUGGAUGAGCGGUCUUCGUCCUUGUCUGAUCUCUUGCAUGUCUACAUGAGUGAAGCUUUGCAACAAUUCGGGACUUCGGAGCUAGUUCGGAGUUACUGGGAGGAUAGUUUACGCAGUAGCGAGAGCUUGGAUAUUGUCUCUAUGCUUCAAUUAGAGGCCGGCAUUAUGGAAUAUAGAUAUGGACGAGUUGACUCUUGCAGGAUGCAUUUUGAGUUAGCUGAGAUGGCUGCUGGGCUUCAGCUUUCAGUUACUGGAGUACUCGGUUUUCGUUCUGUACAUCAGGCAGAGCCUAAGGCGCAGAUGGUACUUGUUACGAACACAAGUACAUCGAAUGUGGAAGACUUAACAGGUACUGGUAUCCAAACAUGUGAUUCCAACAAUGGUGAAGGUAACUGGAAUUUGCAUCAGUUUGAAACCUCUGAGGCAUCUGACAUACUUAGAAUUCCAAAGUUGUUAGAAAAUGAUGACUCCAAAACUAAGUCACAAGGCGUGGAAAAUGGUGCCCAUUUUACUCCAAGUUUGACAGCAUCACAACAAGCUGUAAUUCUGGCAUAUUGUCUUCUAAUAGAGAAGAGCUCCCGACAUGAUGAAUUGCAACGAUGGGAUAUGGCACCUUACAUUGAGGCAAUUGAUUCCCAACAUUCGUUUUACUUCAUUAUACGGUGUUUUUGUGAUACUUUACGUAUUCGGUGGGAGUCAUCUCGUAGCCGAACUAAGGAGCGUGCCUUACUAAUGAUGGAUAACUUGGUAUGUGCACUAUUUUGGUUAACAUGUUAAGUUGGGAAUUAUAAAAGU